ACUCAGCUAUUUAUUUUUCACCCUUCAAUUCCCGUGCCUGCCGUACUGAGCAGAACGCAGUUAAACACGGAAGUCGAGCCCCUCAGCAGCGCUGCAGCCCUCAGCCUUACGUACAAGUUCAGAGACCUGACCGUGGAGGAAGUGACGGCUGUCAGCAGGGCGCACCCCAACUUCGCCUUCUCCAUGAACACUUACACCUUUAAGGAUGGAUCCCAGAAAGACCUCCUGAAUUUCAGCGGUACCAUCCCAGUCAAAUAUGGUAAUUCCUAUAACAUACCCAUUCGUCUGUGGAUUCUGGACUCUCAUCCCUUUGCUCCUCCCAUUUGCUUCCUGAAGCCGACUGCCAACAUGGGAAUUUCAGUGGGGAAGCAUGUGGAUGCUCACGGCAGGAUUUAUUUGCCCUAUCUGCAGAACUGGAGCCACCCUAAAUCAACCAUCAUUGGAUUAAUCAAGGAAAUGAUUGCAAAAUUUGAGGAGGAGCUGCCUUUGUAUUCGCUGUCGUCUUCUGAUGCUGACAGGCAAUCAGAACUUCUCUCCUACAUCGCAAGGAUUACUGAAGGAGAGACUGACAUAAAAUCAAAGAGUAAAAUUGGUGGAGUCAGAAACGGGGGCUGCUUUAACAAAGUUACUGUGGUUGGAGCUGGAGAUCUUGGCAUUGCAUGUGUGCUAGCAGUUGUUGCAAAGGGUGUUGCUGACAAGGUGGUUCUUCUGGAUCUUUCUGAAGGUGCAGCAAAAGGAGGAACCAUGGAUUUGGAGAUCUUUGCUCUUCCAAACGUGGAGAUCAGCAAAGAUUUUUCAGCUUCAACUGAUUCAAAAGUUGUGGUGCUUACAGUUAACUCUCUGGGUAAUGCUCAGACGUACCUGGAUGUCAUACAAAGCAAUGUGGAUUUGUUCAGAGGAAUUAUCCCAGCAAUAUCACACUACAGUCAGAACUCUGUGCUGCUUGUUGCUUCUCAGCCAGUCGAAAUAAUGACAUACGUGUCAUGGAAGCUGAGUGCAUUUCCCAAAAGCCGAGUUAUUGGAGUCGGUGGCAAUCUGGAUACCGAGAGAUUUCAGUACAUACUCACAAAGCUUUUGCAAGCAGAGGCCGUGGGAAAAGACGCUUGGAUUGUCGGUGAACAAGGGGAAGACAAAGUACCAUCAUGGACCAGCUCUAAGUCAGUUACAAAUGAAACAGAAACAGUGGCUGCUCGUAACUCCAGGGAAAAGGUGGCUAACAGAGCUGUGGAAGUUCUCAAGGGAAAAGGUCAGAGAUCCUGGUCUGUUGGGCUCUCAGUUGCUGAUUUAACUGACAGUAUCAUGAAAGAUAAGAGGAAGGUUCAUUCUGUAUCCACUCUGGCAAAGGGAUUUUGCAAUAUAAACAGUGAAGUAUUCUUAAGUCUUCCAUGUAUUCUUGGGACCAGUGGAGUGGUUGAAACGGUCGCACUGGAAGAAGAUCCAGAGGUGCAAGAGAAACUGCAAAGCAGUGCAGGAUCAAUUCAUGACCUUCAGCAGCAGCUGAAACUGUAAGCACAAAGGAAGCUACAGCGUCUGCUCACACAAGUUGGAACUUUGUUCGGCAGGAAGGGUUGCUUGGUGCAUACAGUUUUCUUUGCAAAACAAACUUUUGAACUUACUUUCAAAAGUGCUUUCCUUAUUUACUGUUGGUUCCAAUUAUUUAAUGCUGUGCCUCCCUGUUGGAAUGUCUUGCCUUGAGAAGUGCACUUUUGGUAGCCAAAAUGAGGAGAGUGAAGUGCAAGGAUGUUUUAUCUAAAAUAAGGUGACAUUUGCCUUUUUUUCUUUAUAUUUUGUUCUGUUUUUGCUGCUAAUGAUGGCCUGCCUGUUGGAUUCCUCAUAGCUCUGUGCACCUCAUUAGGACACAGCCUAGGACAGAAACUUGCUCAGCUCCUUGGAAACUGUGGUGUGCAGAGCCAACAAGAGCUCCUCCUGUUUCUGAGUGUUGGUAUGGGCUUGCCCAGAAUAUGGUUGCAGGGCAAUGACCUAUUGCAUGCAGUCUAAUAUCAAUGGGCUCCAUUCUUGCAUAUGACUAUGGGGAAAGAAAGGGUGAAAGCAUGAAGUAUCGCAUAUGAAUUUCUGUUGAAUAUUUACCUAUAUCUGAGUCUCUGUCAUUGGGUGACUUCAUUAACUCUUGUUUUCUAAUUAUGUUCAGAGCACCAACGGAUCUGCAGGUGUUGGUAUGUGUCUGUGCAGUGUUGGAAUGGGUGCCCUUCCUGAAAGGAGGAGCCAGGAUGGGCACCAGGUAGGGAGUGAGGUCUGCCUGUUGUGCAGUGCGGAGGUGGCUGGAGUUCAGGCCUUGAGCCAAAGCUACUGGCUGCUUGACUGAGGUGGAGAGGGUAGUUCCUUGAGGAGGCAACAGGAUCUUCAACCCUCUACAGCAAGGCCAAAGACAUGAUGGGAAAAGUUGCAAACUCUUACGUGAAAAAGCACUUUUUUUUUACGGUGAAGAGCUUUUUGUGUUCUAAACUCUGGGAUGGUUGCACUGGUAAGAGAGCAGACUGCAUUCAGUCCAGGUACAGCUGAGCACUGCACUGCAGGCUGCUGGGUGGCAGAACCAGAGCAGCGGGGGUCCCUCUGCUGCCACAUGCAGCAUCGUGCUGUUGUUCCCUGUGCAUAUGCUGAGCUGUGGCUGCUGAAAUAGCAGCAGAAACUCCAAAGCACAAGUAGAAUACGUCAGAGCCAAAGAUGGCUCCUUUCUGCCUUCCACUCGCAUCUACAAAGAGCCAGCGCUGCGUAAAACAGGACUUCCUAUUGAUAAACGUAGGAAAAGCAAUUGUAAUACUGAAAUUCAGGUGGGUUUUCAGUGAAUGCUGAAGUUUCCUUUGUGGUGGGGCGGGAUGGGCGAUGUCUGCAGCUGUGCGACUCGAACGCUAUAUUAAACAAGUGCCUGAGGCUGGGGCCGGA